CGAAAGCGCAUGAACGGCAAAGCUGUCUCUCUCAACCUUACAGCUGCGCGAUCAAACGACCAUGUCUCUGCCCCAGUUCGCACCAUUUCCUGAUGCCAGGGUUCGACAGAGCAUUCGGACAGACGAAUGGCAGUCGUACCUGGAGUCUUGGGCGUCACUUACAGAUCUCUAUCUGCGCCUGGACGAUCAGCAGUUUGCAGAAGUGCGCAAGGACGUUGAUUCGCUGGGAUUGUUCCUGAUCUCAUUCUUCCAUGAGCUAGCAGGCGAUGAUAGCCUUACACCACGGGUCAUCUUUUUGCGCAAAAAGUCGUUUCUGCUACUCCACAGAAUAUGGACUGGGCAGGAUGUUGAAGACGCCUUUCUCAACUGGCCAGUGCUGGCGGAUAUCUGCCAUGCUUUCACCAAGAGUGAGCAGUUUCGAAGACUACUACAAGCAUUGUGGAAGCGGAAAGGUGGGGCAAUCGAGAAGUCAAUGCAGACAGCAAAGACGUCGUUGAUACGCAAUCUGGACUCGAAACGCCCCGAAGCAGCAGAAAGCACUCUGAACCGAAUAGCGCCGCUGUUGAAAGCCUCUGCAGACGCAAGCACAUACAUGCUUACUGGUUCAGACUUCCUCGAUUCACUCUCUAGCGCCUACUCGAAAGUACCAAUAUCAAUGCAAAAGAAGCUUGUCACGACUGCCUAUAUAGGCCUCACCGCUACGCUAGAAGGAUCGAACCCAAACUACUCACUGUUAUCCGACCAUCUCUAUUCGCUCAAAUCCAGCGAAGAACAGGAGCAAAAGACAGAACCAGGAAAGAAGACAUUUGUCGCUGACUUAGUCACCAACACACCUUUGCUCGAGAAGAUCAGAGAUACGACUACCGCCUCUGAAGCAGCAAGGGUACGAAAUACAGCAGCUUCGCUCUGCGCCUUUCGGCAAGCAGGCCUUGUUCGACCAAAGCGGCUGGUCCGCAGGAAAGUUGAAAAGGGUAAGAGCAAAGCACAAGAGGACAAUCAUGGCCACAGAGCUUUCACUGGCGAGGUUCACAUUCAUCGUAUGAGUGUCAUCACCCAAAUACAAGACCUCUUCCCGGAUCUUGGUGCUGGCUUCGUCGUGAAGCUGCUGGAUACGUACAACGAUAAUGUCGAAGAAGCCACUGCACAUCUACUAGACGAUUCGUUACCGCCUUAUCUUGCCGAAGCUGAUCGAAGCGAGCAAUUGCGCACGUCCACAUCAGAGCCGCAGUCACAACUGCCUUCUAGGUCGAGUCAGUAUCUGCCAGAACGACGAAACGUUUUCGACGACGAUGAGUUUGACAAGCUUGCCGUCGAAACUUCACGCCUUCACAUUGGCCGAAAAAAUCAAGACCUGACAGCAGACAAAGUCCUCUCAGAUCGAAGCAAAGCCCCCGCAAAGUCUCACAUCCUCGCCGCACUAGCAGCAUUUGAUUCUGAUGAUGAUGAGAGAGAUGAUACGUAUGACUUUGAGGAUGUUGGCGCGUCGGUCGACACCGCUGCUCCGGAUGGCGACACCAAUACAGAUCUAUCAGACAAGAAUGAGGAAGCAUUGUUCCGCGCGUGGACGAUUAGCUCCGAUGGUUUCGCUCGCGACUCAGAGACGAGACGUAGCAGGGCUCGUGCGGCAUUGAAGAGCGAGACUGGAAUGACCGACGAAGCGAUCGAAGGCUGGAGCGUCAUGAUUGCACGGGAUCCAAAGCGACUACGUCGUCUGGAAGCCAAGUACUCAACCUUCCAAGGCCAGCAGAGAGAUCUAAAAUCUACAUCAUGGAAGAACAACCCUAAUGGGUCAGGGGAUGAAGCCAGUGGGGACGGAGGUAGAGGGGGAUUUGGCGGGAGGGGGCGCGGUAGAGGUCGAGGACGUGGUGGCCAUGGAGGUGGACGAGGAGGCAGUGUCGCAGGUCCUUCCGAUGACAAGAGCACGCAAAUUUCGAGACAGCGGAAAGAGGCUAACAAGGGCUCGAGUGCGAACCAUAACCGCAAGGCUCAGCGAGACAAAAAGAUGGCAAGAGGUGGAUUCCCCGGGUAAGGCUCGGACUAUUGCAGAUGCUCAAAUUGAACGAAACGGUGGAUGAGCGCUUUGUGCCAUAGCUAUAUGAGAGAACCCCGCAAUUUUUGGAUGUCAUUGUUUGA